ACAUUAAAGCUUUUGUCCCACAUGCUGAAAUUGAUGUUAUCAGUUUUUCGAAACUAAGUCGCUGCUUGGAGGUUUUCAUCGUCAAAAUGCCUGUCUUGCGAGAUCUGCUUCGUGGCUUUACGAGAGGUGCCAACAGACACAAGGAAAUGACGAGCAAACGUGGAAACAAGAAUUUUCAUCCCAACACCUCUCGCAUACAACCCACUGGAUAUGGUGUCAGAACUACAUGGAAGAAUGUGAAGGAGAUGAUUCCAGAAAUAGUGGUGCCUAAUCUAGAAGAUUUUCCACUGAAGGCCUAUGUUUCCUACAAAUGCCCAGACACCCAGCAGGACCCUCUGACCCCUCGCGACAUCUUUGACAAGUGCUUGGCCCCGCAGGUGCUCGAAGAUUUGAAGAGCGGUAAAUACGACAACGCAACUCUGUCGGCGGCGGCGGCGGCGAGCGAGAGCAAGUCGUCGCAAUCGGACAGUUGAUGAAGAACACAGUUUGAGCCUUGCCUGAUGUGUUGACUUGUGAUGUUUAAUCAAGGCUAGAACUUUUAUUUGACCCACGUUGUCUUGGUUCCUGCAGUAAUACAGGUAUCUGCAGACAUGAUGGGAGAGAAAAGCAGAGCUCGGCAUUUGAAGUGUUCACUCCUUUGGCUUGUAUCGUGAACUUGCUGUUGUAAUGUACAGAGAAAAGUCUACGUUUGGAAAAGUUAGAGAAGACACACCUGUAUUUGACAUCAAAUUGCAAAAUGGGAGAAGCUGAAUUCUUUACGGAGGAAAUCAUAGAAAUGGAGCUCAAAUUUAAAAAGUACUUUUUUCCUGAUCAAGAUAGUUAAAUGUAUACCUACUAGUGAGGGGCGGUAUUUAAUGGAAGCGCUGUUGAUUUAAAAAACAAUUUGAUUUUGAGACUGGACCAGAGAACUUGUGAUCAGGAUUUGAAUAUCGUGGGCUGCUACCUCUUUGUCUUACUAUGGGGAAGAAAACAAAAUAUUUUGUACACACAGUAUAUUUAUACUAUAUCUGCUACAUUUGCCCAAUGGCAGCAGUAAUGGUUAUUUUACGAGAGAGAAUGGAAUUAAAAGAUGUACAAACUUAAAGACAUUUAAA